AUGAUUGAACUGUCGUUGCGAUCCUUCCUCAGUGAAUUCAAUGGCUCGUAAGUUGACUUUGGGCUUGUUUUGAUGUUUAGAUAUUGAAGAAGGCCAAAAAUUAUGAUUUGAGUUUAUAUUCAAGCAAAGAAGUUGAAAAAAAUGAGCUAGAAUUAUAUUGUUUUAGAAAAUUUGUGGUGUUCUUCUUCUUGCUCAUCUUUUCCUUCCUCUGUGCGUUGAAACUGGACGAAACCUUGGAUGUGAGCUGGAUAAUAAUCUUUGGACCAAUAUGGUUUGGAGAAUUUGUGGUUUUGAUGGGGUUUUUCGUCGGAGUCGUCGCGUUUUGUUCACAACCACCAUCUAGGUAUGUUAUUCUUCAUAUUUUUUUCAAUUUUUAGAUUACUCGUCGAUCUCUAACUGAUAAAAUCUAUUAGACUAGAGGUAAAAUAACCUUUUUCUUUUAGAUACGACAAUGCCAGCCGAGUAGACUUUGUUUGUAUGUGUUUAACCACUCUGGAACAUCUAUUUCUGAUAGCAUUCGAAGUGUUAUGUGUAUACAAACUAGAGUUCGCGCAGGACGACAAGGAGUUCACCUGGAGUUUAGUAUGUCUACCAUUGUUUAUUGAGAGUAUUGUGGCUAUGAUAACGGCCGUGUGGUCAGUUAGAAACGACAAAACCUUCGAAUUUGAGAUGUUCUUCGCCAUUAACGUAGUUCAAUUUGUUUUCAUCGCUUUUAAACUUGACGACACGUUGAGAUGGAACUGGGUGGUGGUGUUUGUACCUACUUGGGUGUUAUUCUCUCUCGGAGUCAUUGGAACGUUGUAUUCUCUAUUGCUUUCGGUGUUUUUGACCCGAUCUCUUCAUGCUCUACAACAACAUCGAAGAGCUCAAGUAAGAACGGUUUAAAUUUAUUGUGUUUGGGUAUUAUACUAGCUGUGGAAUCAAAACUCAAUAAGGUUUUUACUUUUGGCUUUGAAAAUAUCAAGUUUAAGCCAAUAACUUUUGUAGGUAUACGUCUCAGCUUGCCAUUUGAUCCUCGCAGUGCCUUUGAUCACCUUCUUUGUGUUAUUAACAGCACGAUUAGAUGCUUUUAAGGGGAUGACAGCUCUUCCACCAUUACCUGCCCAAGUAAUUACAACUCCACCUCCAAUUUUGCAAAACAUACCUACAGUACCAGGUAUACCAACAGUGUUAUCAGUACCAUCUGGGCAGCUAGCUAGUGGUACUCAGUUUGGUACCGGUGCUUUUGGUAGUACUGGGGCUGUUAGUGGUUCUAAUAGACUUGGUAUUGAUGGUCUUGAUACUAACCGACUGGAUGGUACAAACAUGAAAAGCUCUGGACAAAUUGGUACUAAUGGUGUACUUGGGUCUAAUUUGGGAAAUAGUGGAGAGAAAAUUGGAAAUUAUGGUACAACAGGCAAUAGUGGUACUCUUGGUUCAGGCUCGGCGAAGAAUUCGGAAACAAUUGGUACUGAUGGUCACCUACAUAGUACAGGCAGCAUGUCAGGCCAAAUGAAGUCGAUGAAUGGCCAUAUCAACUCAAUGAACGACCCUCUCAACACUAUGAAUGGCCAAAUCUCAAGCUCAAGGUCCCAUAGCACUAAUAUGAUCGUUAGCCCGGGCCAUCUAGCAUCAAUGCCCAGCACGCUAGCUAUUCAGGCAGAACAACUCAGCUUCUUGGUCCUGUCAGUACCACUUUACAGUGCACUAUUCUUACUAAUUUUGAUGACUUUUGGCUCACCCUCAGGCAAUUCGUGGUGGUUUGGCAUGAGAACACCCUUCUGUAACUUUAUAUUCGAUGCCUUCCCCUUCCUAAGACAAUAUGCCAAUAUAUCGUAUCGGAUUGGAGUGUCAGAUCAACAGGUACAAAGGCCGAAUGAAGAGAAUAGCAUCGGGUAUAGUGGACCACCAAGAACGUUGAGCACGAUCAGAAUGACUACUCAUCUGUGGAGCAUUGAAACGCCGGAUUAG